UGUGUGCGGGGGUGAAGUGAGAGGUAACCGGGACUCCGGGCGGAAAGGUCUCAGUGGUUCUUGUUGCCCCUUCCCGCGGCUGAACCUUGGGAGCCAUGGUGAACUCGGGCCUCUCCGGAGCCGCCGCCGCCGCUGCAGCCACCGCCGCUACCGUCUCUCUAGAGUGAGGGGCGCGGACGAGGUGAGCAAGGAGGCGGCGGCUGGAGCUGUGGGGACAGCAGCCACCAUGUCGGAUACGCGGCGGCGAGUGAAGGUUUAUACCCUGAACGAAGACCGGCAAUGGGACGACCGAGGCACCGGGCACGUCUCCUCCACCUAUGUGGAGGAGCUCAAGGGAAUGUCGCUGCUGGUUCGGGCAGAGUCCGACGGAUCACUACUCUUGGAAUCAAAGAUAAAUCCAAACACUGCAUAUCAGAAACAACAGGAUACAUUAAUUGUUUGGUCAGAAGCUGAGAACUAUGAUCUGGCACUAAGUUUUCAGGAAAAAGCUGGCUGUGAUGAGAUCUGGGAAAAAAUUUGUCAGGUUCAAGGUAAGGAUCCAUCAGUGGAAGUCACACAGGACCUCAUUGAUGAAUCAGAAGAAGAACGAUUUGAAGAAAUGCCUGAAACCAGUCAUCUGAUUGACCUGCCCACAUGUGAACUCAAUAAACUUGAAGAGAUUGCUGACUUAGUUACCUCAGUUCUCUCCUCACCUAUCCGUAGGGAAAAGCUGGCUCUGGCCUUGGAAAAUGAAGGCUAUAUUAAAAAACUACUGCAGCUGUUCCAAGCUUGUGAGAACCUAGAAAACACUGAAGGCUUACACCAUUUGUAUGAAAUUAUUAGAGGAAUCUUAUUCCUAAAUAAGGCAACUCUGUUUGAGGUAAUGUUUUCUGAUGAGUGUAUCAUGGAUGUCGUGGGAUGCCUUGAAUAUGACCCUGCUUUGGCUCAGCCAAAAAGGCACAGAGAAUUCUUGACCAAAACUGCAAAGUUUAAGGAAGUUAUACCAAUAACAGACUCUGAACUAAGGCAAAAAAUACAUCAGACUUACAGGGUACAGUACAUUCAGGACAUAAUUUUGCCUACACCAUCAGUUUUUGAAGAGAAUUUUCUUUCUACUCUUACAUCUUUUAUUUUCUUCAACAAAGUUGAAAUAGUCAGCAUGUUGCAGGAAGAUGAAAAGUUUUUGUCUGAAGUUUUUGCACAAUUAACAGAUGAGGCCACGGAUGAUGAUAAACGACGUGAAUUGGUUAAUUUUUUCAAGGAAUUUUGUGCAUUUUCUCAGACAUUACAACCUCAAAACAGGGAUGCAUUUUUCAAAACUUUGGCAAAGUUGGGGAUUCUUCCUGCUCUUGAAAUUGUAAUGGGCAUGGAUGAUUUGCAAGUCAGAUCAGCUGCUACAGAUAUAUUUUCUUAUCUAGUAGAGUUUAGUCCUUCCAUGGUCCGAGAAUUUGUAAUGCAGGAAGCCCAGCAGAGUGAUGACGAUAUCCUUCUCAUUAAUGUAGUAAUUGAACAAAUGAUCUGUGAUACUGAUCCUGAGCUAGGAGGUGCUGUUCAGUUAAUGGGACUUCUUCGUACUCUAAUUGAUCCAGAGAACAUGCUGGCUACAACUAAUAAAACUGAAAAAAGUGAAUUUCUAAAUUUCUUCUACAACCAUUGUAUGCAUGUCCUCACAGCACCACUUUUGACCAAUACUUCAGAAGACAAAUGUGAAAAGGAUAAUAUAGUUGGAUCUAACAAAAACAGCACGAUUUGUCCCGAUAAUUAUCAAACAGCACAGCUGCUUGCCUUAAUUUUAGAGCUACUCACAUUUUGUGUGGAACAUCACACAUAUCACAUAAAAAACUAUAUUAUGAACAAGGACUUGCUAAGAAGAGUCUUGGUCUUGAUGAAUUCAAAGCACACUUUCCUGGCCUUGUGUGCUCUUCGUUUUAUGAGGCGGAUAAUUGGCCUUAAAGAUGAAUUUUACAAUCGUUACAUCACCAAGGGAAAUCUUUUUGAGCCAGUUAUAAAUGCUCUUCUGGAUAAUGGAACUCGGUACAAUCUGUUGAAUUCAGCUGUUAUUGAGUUAUUUGAAUUUAUAAGAGUGGAAGAUAUCAAGUCUCUUACUACACAUAUAGUUGAAAACUUUUAUAAAGCACUUGAAUCGAUUGAAUAUGUUCAGACAUUCAAAGGAUUGAAGACUAAAUAUGAGCAAGAAAAAGACAGACAAAAUCAGAAACUGAACAGUGUACCAUCUAUAUUGCGUAGUAACAGAUUUCGCAGAGAUGCAAAGGCAUUGGAAGAGGAUGAAGAAAUGUGGUUUAAUGAAGAUGAAGAGGAGGAAGGGAAAACAGUUGUGGCACCAGUGGAAAAAUCUAAGGCAGAAGAUGAUUUUCCAGAUAGUUAUGAAAAAUUCAUGGAGACUAAAAAGGCAAAGGAAAGUGAAGACAAGGAAAACCUUCCCAAAAGGACAUCUUCUGGUGGCUUCAAAUUUACUUUCUCCCACUCCACUAGUGCUGCUAAUGGAACAAACAGUACAAACAGUAAAUCUGUAGCGGCUCAGACACCACCAGCAAGUUCUAAUGGAUCCUCUUCCAAAACUACAAACUUGGCUACAUCAGUAACAGCCACCAAGGGAAGUUUGGUUGGUUUAGUGGAUUAUCCAGAUGAUGAAGAGGAAGAUGAAGAAGAAGAAACAUCUCCCAGGAAGAGACCUCGUCUUGGCUCAUAAAAUAUUUACUGGGGACCCUCAACAUGUGGUUGUACAAAAAUGCUGCAGCUGUUCAGUGAGCUGAAAAUCUGAAUCAGAAAGCUUUCUCACUUGAACUUAUAAAUAUACAAGGAAUAGCAAAAGACACUCAGUAUAUCAGCUAGGAGAGUUUAGCUCUGUAAAAAAAAAAAAAACCAGGCUUCCCAGGAACUUGAUCACUUGCUAGUAAUUAAUGGGUUUGCCUUUCAGGCUGUCAAAAAAAAAGUUAGUAACCAGAACCUGGGAGAUAGCUUCUCAGCAAGGGAACUCUCAGGUUUUGGGACGGUUUAGGGGAGGGACAAAGUUGAUAAAAUAAUAUUAAUGCAGGGUUGCUCCAGGAGGGUUUCUGAUUUAGAAACAGUUAUAAAACUUCAGUUGCAAACCCAAUAACAUUACUUGUAUAAUGGUGCUGGCCAUGUUGUUCUUUUAAUCAGUUGCCUCUUUUUAAAAGAAAUUUUUAUGGAAAACAAGUUCAACUAUCAUAAAAAAUGAAGUUAAGCUGUUGGGACCAUUUCUUUGAAGAUAUAACAGAAAUUCAGCCUUACUGGUAGGUAGAGGGAAAUACACCCUGUAUUACAGCACAUGUUGAGUUUUCUACACCAGGAACUUUCAAUGUGUAUUUUGAUGAAAACAAACAAGCUGGAUUCAAAAUGGGCAGUUUUGUUAAUAUAACUUUAAAAUCAGCACUUUUACAGAUAACAGAUGCCAAGAAUCAGUAUGGUAGUAUUCCAGAAUGAUUUUCUCUAGAAAUGGGAGUGGACUGAACAGAAUGUUUUCAACUGCCUACCAGUACAAUCUUUUGUGGAAGAUACUUUGAAGUCACUUUCUGCUUUGUUAAUAAAGUUGUCUCUCUCCAGAGCUGCAGGCAAGUUUUAAAGUGUAAUUUGUAAAGACUAACAUACAAAGAAUAGUGCUGAAUUAAGUGGCAUUUAAUAUCUACAGGCCAUUUUGAUCCAAGAAGUUACUUCAGUGUCAGAGUAUGCAGCACAUGAAGCUUUUCCAAGAACUAACAAGGGUGUAAUAUGAAAGCUGCUUUUUUUUUUAAGAAUAAAAGCACAUUCCAUGUACGUAAAUGAAUAUAAAAUAAUAAACUGAGGCAAACAGUUAAGAGGUUUUAUUUUUAGAACAGCAAGUUAACUGUAAAUAUUUUAAUGUUAGUUUGCUCAUCUAUGAUCUGAGAUGCUGAAGUGAGAAAAACAUCCCCCAAACUACAAUUUAAUGCAUUGGGAAGAAAAAAACCAAAAAACUAAAAAUAGUAAUUCCAGCUACAGCCUUCAGAUCACCCUUGUAAUGUGUUACGGGUCCAUUUUUCCUGGAAUAGCUUAAACUGAAGCAGUUUCCCCUGUUUUGGAGAUUUUGUAGUUAAUUUUAAUUUUGGCUAUUGUUUGGAAGAUGGGCUGUCUGUGUAGAUACGAAGUAUAGUUUUUCCAUAAAACAGAUGUUUAUUUUGUAUUAAAAAUACCACUGUACUUGUUUUACACCAUUUGUAUACAUGUGGUGAUAUUAAUGCUGACCUGUAAAAUUCAGGAAUUAAAAUGUGACCCUGUAAUUCUA